CCUGGGCCGAGGCCGGAGCCGCCGCUCGCCGGAGCCUCCUGGAGCCCCCGCGCCGGCUCAGCCUGGGGGCGGGCUCAGGCCCGGCCCGCCGCCAAACCCAGGACAGAGGCUGCAAGCCCGAGGACCAGGCCGGCGCAGCCAUGGAGGAGGCAUCUCCCUAUUCCUUACUUGAUAUCUGCUUGAAUUUCCUGACUACUCACCUUGAGAAGUUCUGUUCAGCAAGACAAGAUGGAACAUUGUGUCUGCAGGAACCUGGAGUAUUCCCACAGGAGGUGGCUGAUCGACUGCUUCAGACCAUGGCUUUUCAUGGCCUACUGAAUGAUGGAACUGUAGGUAUUUUUAGGGGCAACCAAAUGCGCUUAAAGCGAGCUUGCAUUCGCAAAGCCAAGAUCUCUGCUGUUGCUUUCCGGAAAGCCUUCUGCCACCACAAGUUGGUAGAACUUGAUGCCACAGGUGUGAAUGCUGACAUCACAAUUACAGACAUCAUCAGUGGGCUUGGCAGUAACAAAUGGAUCCAGCAAAAUCUCCAGUGCCUAGUGCUGAACUCAUUAACUCUCUCCCUCGAAGAUCCUUAUGAGCGGUGCUUCAGCCGGCUUUCUGGCCUUCGAGCGUUAAGCAUCACCAACGUUCUCUUUUAUAAUGAAGACCUGGCUGAAGUUGCCUCGUUACCAAGGUUAGAGAGCCUGGAUAUUUCUAACACCUCAAUCACAGACAUCACGGCUCUGCUGGCUUGCAAAGACCGACUCAAGUCUCUAACCAUGCACCACUUGAAAUGUUUAAAAAUGACAACUACCCAGAUACUGGAUGUUGUUCGGGAACUAAAACAUCUGAAUCAUCUUGAUAUUUCAGAUGAUAAACAGUUUACAUCAGACAUAGCUCUUCGCUUACUAGAACAAAAGGACAUCCUACCCAACCUUGUCUCCCUGGAUGUUUCUGGGAGAAAGCACGUGACAGAUAAAGCUGUUGAAGCCUUUAUACAACAACGACCCAGCAUGCAGUUUGUAGGUUUGCUGGCCACUGGUGCUGGUUACUCAGAAUUCCUCAUAGGCGAAGGACAUUUGAAGGUGUCUGGAGAAGCCAAUGAAACUCAGAUUGCAGAAGCAUUAAAGCGGUACAGUGAACGGGCAUUCUUUGUCCGGGAAGCUCUAUUUCACCUGUUUAGCCUGACUCAUGUGAUGGAAAAAACAAAGCCGGAAAUUUUAAAGCUUGUGGUUACUGGGAUGAGAAACCACCCUAUGAAUUUGCCAGUGCAGCUUGCUGCAAGCGCCUGUGUGUUUAACUUAACCAAGCAGGAUCUUGCUGCAGGAAUGCCUGUCCGACUCCUGGCUGAUGUGACCCAUUUGCUGCUCAAAGCCAUGGAACAUUUUCCCAAUCACCAGCAGUUACAGAAGAAUUGCCUCCUUUCACUUUGCAGUGACCGGAUCCUUCAAGAUGUUCCAUUUAACAGAUUUGAGGCAGCCAAGCUUGUCAUGCAGUGGCUCUGCAACCAUGAGGAUCAAAACAUGCAAAGGAUGGCAGUUGCUAUCAUUUCCAUCCUGGCUGCCAAGCUUUCUACAGAACAAACUGCACAGCUUGGUGCUGAGCUCUUCAUUGUCAGGCAACUUCUUCAAAUAGUGAAGCAGAAAACCAAUCAAAAUUCAGUGGACACUACUUUGAAAUUUACUUUGAGCGCACUUUGGAACCUCACAGAUGAAUCGCCAACCACUUGCAGACACUUUAUUGAAAACCAAGGGUUAGAACUCUUCAUGAGGGUUCUAGAGUCUUUCCCAACCGAGUCAUCCAUUCAACAGAAAGUCCUAGGACUUUUGAACAAUAUAGCUGAAGUACAAGAAUUGCAUUCUGAAUUAAUGUGGAAGGAUUUUAUAGACCACAUCAGUAGCCUUCUACAUAGUGUUGAAGUGGAAGUCAGUUACUUUGCAGCUGGAAUUAUUGCCCAUUUAAUAUCUAGAGGUGAACAAGCUUGGACAUUGAGCCGUAGCCAGAGAAAUUCUCUUCUGGAUGAUCUGCAUUCAGCUAUUUUGAAAUGGCCAACUCCAGAGUGUGAGAUGGUAGCAUACAGGUCCUUUAAUCCAUUUUUCCCGUUACUUGGCUGUUUUGCAACACCAGGAGUCCAGCUAUGGGCAGUUUGGGCUAUGCAACAUGUCUGCAGCAAAAAUCCCUCAAGGUAUUGCAGCAUGCUGAUUGAAGAAGGAGGAUUGCAGCAUUUAUACAACAUCAAAGAACAUGAACAGACUGAUCCCCACGUCCAACAGAUUGCUGUGGCCAUUCUGGACAGCUUAGAAAAACACAUUGUACGUCAUGGGAGACCACCUCCCUGUAAAAAGCAGCCCCAGGCCAGACUAAAUUGAUAGCCAUAGGUAAUUGGAUAAUUGAAUCACAGGAAUCCUUUUUGUGAUAGGUUCAUUUGGAAUAUCUUACCCUCUGUGACGUUUUGGGGGUUUCUAUGACAAGAGUCAUAAGCUCAGUUUGGGAUUGACAAUGUACAGUACUGCCCAUGUGAACAGUCUCUAAUUUGUCUUGUGAUUUUUAACUUACAAGGCAAGAAGGGUCUCUUCCUUCGUCAUUGCCUUUUAGGAAAUUUUCCACAUCUUUCAGUGUUUGAACUUACCUGUGCUUGAAAUUCUACAGUUUUAUGAUAAAGUUUGCACGAACCCUUAGGCCAAACUUUUUUGAUCUAAAAGUCCCUUCCAGUCAAUUUGCAGCUUUAGAUAAGCUGUUAGCCUGAUUUCUGGCACUGCUUCAGUUGUAAAUUUUAUACUGCUUCUGUAUAAAAUGCCUUUAUUCUCUGUCUGUGUACCUUUUAUAAGAUGUCCUUCUUAGUGUGAAAGAAUGGAAAUCUGAGUCCUCUCCAUGGGAAAGCUACUCACUGGUUGGAGCCCGGAUGGCUGACAGAAAAGUAUAUUAAAAAGGAAAACUUAAGGAAGAAUAGAUUUUAGGAACUGGGAAAUGGUCUGCUCUUAUGGUAUGUAUAGUUUUUAAACUGGGACAGGCUAUCCUUCUUUAGCCCACCUCUCCUGAGACAGUGACCAGUAGUUUGUUCUUCAUUUUUUAUUCCUGGAAGCAUGGGCUGCUGCUUCCUACACAGACUGCUGGUUACUCUCUAGAAAUGUUUCCUCAAGCAUCACAGUGUAAAAUAUCACAGCAUUCUGUGUUAAAGAUUAACUCUCUGAAUCUCUAUAUGUCAUAUUGUUGUGAAAAUGUGAAUUUAAAAAAAUUGUCUCUUGUUAGAACUGACCAUUCUUUUCCCUCUAUUUCAGUCAUUUUGUUUAGUGGAAUAGACUACACAAGAUGUUACCUACUCAGUUAAAAUACAAUUAACAACAGUAAAUUUUGCCAUGAGAAGUUAUUUCCUUUUGUUUCAAAAUACAUGUAUCUCAACGUUUUCAUGUUAGAGAAAGAUGUCCACAUCUCAUGCCAAAAAUGAAUGAGAAGAAUUAGACUAUUGUUAAAUGUAAUGAUUCUAGUUGCAGUGCAUAAAAGGAAAUGUUUCUUGAUGGGUUAUUUUUUAGACAAUUGUCUUUCCUUUAAGAUACCUGUGACAGUAUAGUAAAGAAUCAGUUAUUAUAUUAAUGGCAGCUGGGAGGCAGCAAGUCACCAAAUAACUUAAUUUCCAUUAAAAUUUUUUUUUUUAAAGCUUCAGUGCAUGGUUGUGUAUCCUAGUUGUUAGUUUAAUUUUCUAUGUGAGCCACUGCCACAAUAUGACAACUGACAGAUGGGUGAUGUGGUUCCAUGACCAGGAAAUGCACCUGGGCCACGGUGGUGAGAGUGUUGAAUCUUAACCACUAGACCACCAGAACUGGCUCCCAUUUUAAAUUUUAGUUUAUGAAUAAGGUUAAUUGCAAUCUCAAAUGACUGCAUCUUUUUCAUAGAUGGCCAAAGUGUUUUCAGUAGAGAUUUUAAAUGGUGUAUUUAAAUUAUGGUGAUUAUUCAGAAGCAUUUUUGUUUAGAAAGGAGCUGGCUUAAUAGUAUGCUGAUAAGAUUUUUGACAUACACAUUUCUUACCAUUUCUUACCACUAUCACAAUAAUCGUACUUGAACUAUUUGGUACUCCUUCAAAGGGGUGAAAACUUAAACCAAAAGAAAAUAGGUAUUUAGAACCAUUAAAAACCAUUUUAAAUUGUGGGUUAAUUCUGACUUAAUUGGUGUAAGGAAUUUUUAUAGGUGCAAGAUAAAUUUUCACAGAUUGUCUUAUUUCAGAGGAAAUGGAAAAUUCUUGUAAGCUUUUCCCCUUUUGUCUGAAUUUUAAUGUCUAAGGCAAAAUGUAGAAAAUAGGAUACCUACAAUAGCUUGGAUGUUGCUAGCUAUGUUAACCAUUUCCAAGUCUUCUAGCCUGCCUGGUUAAGGGAAAGCCUAUUUGAGAAGUUUGGCUUCAAGUUUCUCUUGUAUCCUGUUCAAGACAAAAGUGCAUGUUCCUUGUAGGUUAAUCCUAGGUUUUUGUCUUUAUAAAUUAUUUUCAGAAAUGGCUAAAAAUGUACAGAAAGCGAUAAAUCUUUUCAUUACUCAGAAUAACUUGUUGAUAGAUGAAGACUCAAAAGUAUUUGAAGUUAAAUUUAAAUUGACUACUUUGAGCACUGAUAAUGGCCAGAUACAUCGGAGUCUUAAAAGCAAAAUAAUUGAUCACAUCCCAAAUAUAUAAAAAUUGUAGUGCCUUUGUGGUUGGGAUGGUUCUUAAAAUUGUGUAUCUGUUUAAGGCACAGAAUUGUCUGUAAAGUCUUGAAUCUUGCUAAAGUAUAGUAGAUGUAUAUAUUGAAAUUAUGAGGCAUAACUGGCUCUUCUCUACAGUUAGAAUCUAUUAGGCCUCCCUUUUGCAUUUGUAUACUAGAAUGUAACAGUACUUGGUGCCUUCAAGGGUUACCUCUUCAGUGGCUUAGAGGUGCUGUUUCAAGCACAAUUUAGACAAAGGUUGAACCACUCAUUGCUCAAAUCAUUGGUGCACUCAGAUAUUGUAAAAUAUCACUACAUCAGUCCACAAGCAACAGCAAGAUCCUUUCGAUCUACUAAAGGAAAUAGACAUUUUAGAGUAUAAUGAUGCGUUCUUGGUAUCAUUGAAUAAAACAAGAACAGUGUGAAAUUAAAGCAGAAAUAAUUAAGACAUCUCAUUCUUUCCAUCAAGUAAGUUUUGCUCUGGUCUUUAUACUCUAAAAAAUCAUUUUUUCUUUUUGCAGUUGAAAAGAAAUAUGAAACAAGUCAUAAUAAGGGGUUAGUUUAUUGUCUGGCCAAGGACUCAGUGGCUGCUGAUCUUAGUUGAGGAUUUUAAAAUCAUAUCAGACCCACAGUUCCAGAAAUUGACCUUAAAUAUUGCUGCUCCUCACCCCUGGACAGUAAUGCCAUUUAGUGGCACUAGUCAACUUAAGUGAAUUACCCAAGGUGGAGGUGAAUCACCAUAAGAUUGCUAUGGGAACUUAAUUUCAUGAUGUCUUUUGUAUGCAAACUUCCAAGGAAUCAAAUAUUCAUGUUUGAAAAUAUCAGUCCUAUAUAUCCAGCCUAGGAAGUUGCUGUUACUAAUGGGACAUUUUGAGUUGGCCCUUUUUCUUCCCAGUCACUUUGAUGACUGUGUUUUUAAUUAUGCCAUGUGUCAAGAUAGCAUUGGGCCAUCUUCUAGCCCUUUGGAGCACAUUUUAAUGAAAACAUAUUUUAUGUGCUAAAUUAGGGUAGAUUAGAUUAAUGAACCAUGCUUUUGGCUUAGUGUUUUAAAAUGCAUGAGGGCCGGCCACCCACCCGCCCACCAUAGAACAAUGUGCAGCAGUAUGCAAGGUUGAAAAGAGGUCAUGAGUAGCAGGGAUAAGAAGCUUACUGUUUUGUGUACGUUGAAACCCACUCUUUUCCUCCUUCUAAUGGUAUGUUUACAUUAUUUGAUUAUUGUGCAACUUUUAUCUUGGGAUAAACAGUAUUAUUAAACUAAAGGUGUAAGUUAAAGGCAGUAUCAUACUGUCAGCUGAUGUGGGCAGUUUUAUCUGUAUGUGACUUAUUUGGGGACAUUAUAUGGCUAGGGCCUCAGAGUAGUGUUUUAAGACAGCUUACAGAGAGGUUUGCAAACUUAAGGUUUCCCUCUCAAAUCCAUUGUAGCAGUUUCAGAUGAUUGUGUGGAUAUUGGAUGUUUAAUCUUUACCAUUUGCUUUGUAUUGACACAUUUUUAACUUUUAGUGUUAACUCAUGAACUGUUCAUUUUAGGAAUAAUGCAAAUCCAGCCUUCAUCCAGUGAUGAGAAUAGCAAUAUGAUAGAAAAAUUUGCUGAAUGUGCUUUAAAUGAGUAAAAUGAGUAAAUGCUUUAUCUUUUUUAGCAUUUCAUAGACUUUGCAUGACACGGUACACUCCUAAUUAUGCAUUCUUUGAUUUCCAAAUCUUAACCUAAGACACUCUUUGUCAACUGGUUGGUAGCCUAAGAAAGAGCUUUCUCUGCCUGUUUCUCCCCUCCCCAGUUUUUUGGGGUAAAUUAUGGGAAAAUAAUGCUGUUUCUCAUUUCUCUGGAUGAAGCAAAGCUCUUUUGAACAGCACAACCUAACUUUAUAGCUAGACAGACUGCUUAUUAAGAAUAUUUAGAGAAUCCCAAAUUUAUCAAAAUUAUUGUAUGGGAAAUCAUAAAUCUAGUUCUUUAAUAGUAUGUGCUUAAUUUGGGACUUACUUUUGGGAAAACUGUUCGAAUUGGGUUCUUUUAAGCUUAUUUUAAUCAGCUUAGAAGCAAGAAGCGACUUAGCUAAUGAAAGCUGAGACACACUUUCAUAAAAGCAGGAAAUUCUUAAAAGCAUUUUUUCCCUUUAAAUAUGGAAAGAUGUUAUAUCAAGAUUUAUGCUCUCAGAUAAUCUGCAAGAAUAAAAUAAAAAAUCCCUGACUUUUGUAGAAUUCCCACCGUCAAAUUCUCACUGACUUGUGAGUGUGAAAAGUUGUCUUUUGCUUCAAUUCUGAUGGAAGAGUUUAACUCCUUUCAAAAGAUAUGAAAAGUUCAUUGGAAAGUGUAAUGUGUGUACGUUUCAAAGGCUCUCUCUCAAUUAUCUGGACUGAAGGCGCUGUCCUCACUGUGGCCAGAUGAAUGGGAGUGUUCUGUACAUGAAUCAUGCUAUAUUUUAAAUCAGGACAUCACUUAGGUAUUAAUGUUGUAUGUACAGAUUUUUGUUUGGGGGAUUUUUUUUUUUGCCUAAAUAAAUGUAAAAUUUUA